AUGACUUUAAAUUAUGAAACAUUAAUACGAGCCGCUAUUAAACAACCAGAAGACCGUACAUUAACAGAAGUAAAUGAUUUUAUAUUUCCAUGGUUAAAAGCGUCAUUAAAGAAGAAACAAGGAAUAUUUCAAAAAAUUAGCGAUGAAGUAAUACACGAAAUUUGUAAAUCAAUUAUCCUUGAAAGGCGUCAACCAUGGGAAAUCGUAAUACGUCAAGAAGAAGUUGGAGACAAAUUUUAUAUCGUUUUACAAGGUUCAGUGAACAUUUAUCGAUUAGAUGAUGAUGUAAAAGCAACAAUAACAGAUAAUACAAGUCCAACAAUUGAUCUAAGCGCUGGUUUGGAUUUUGGUGAACGUGCUCUAAUUACACAUGAACCUAGAAGUGCCACAGUUAUUACAGCAACAUAUACUGAUCUUCUCGUGGUUAAUCGCGAUGUUUUCAAUAGAACACUAAAAUGGGCUCAUGAAAAAGAAUUACAAGAGAAAACCGAGUUUAUUAACAAAUGUCCAAUGUUUUCCACAUGGAAUCCAAGAAUGAAACGUUUAGUUUCUCUCAAUUUAGAGCGUGGACGUUUUUCAUUCGAUGCACUGUUAUUUAAACAAGGAGAAAGAGCUAAUGCUGUCUAUUUUAUUUGGAGUGGCGAAGUAAAAUUGAUUAUUGAUCCGUUACUUCACUGGCUACAAUAUCCAAAUAUUUUAUCAUCGUCUAAACUAGCCAAAUCAGAUCCAUUCAAAUCUGCUGGUUUUGAAUUAUUUCUGCCUAUGUUAAAUAAUUUACCAAAUUCAAAUUCAUCACCGUAUUAUUCACAAAAAAUUGAACAACAAGCAAAACAACAAAGUUACGCAAUAAAACGUCGACAUAUGACAUUUGCUCAAGCUGAACAAGAAUUAAAAAAACGAAUGCUACAAAUUUCUCUCUUAACAGCCGGUGAUAUUAUUGCAUUGGAAGAAUAUGUAUGCGAUUUACAAACACAUAUGCAAACAGCACGUUGUACUAGUUCAUGUGAUAUCUUUUACAUUUUAAAACAUAAUCUUAUUCGUUUACAAAAACGAAUGGCUUCACAUGGUUUAACAGAAAAAUUGCGAGAAACUGUUUUAUUAACAUUUUCUGCUUAUAAACAACGUUUUAUUUAUUCAUCGAUACCAUUAAUACGAUUACUAACACUUGAAUUAGAAAAACGAAAUGAAAACGAUCUAAUGAGUAACAAUAAUUAUCAACAAAAACGAACAUGGAUACAAAUAUAUCAAAAUACACCAAAAUCUAAUCGUCGACAUCAACGAACUACAAAUCAACAAACAAAAACUCGACAAACACCUACAAUGAUUCGUCGUGAUUCUAAUUCUAGUACAAAUCCGUCUUAUACAACAUCAGGUGAUACAAUGGUAUCCGAUCAAGCAUUGAAAAAACUUGAAGAACGUUUAGAAGAUUGGCAUCAACGAAUGGGUCAAACAAGUAAACCACAAAUAGCAAAAUUACAACGUUAUAAUCUUAUGAAUAUCGAGGCAAGACGAAAGGUCUUAGCUCGUACAUUAAUGUCCGAUUCCACUCGUGAAGUUGAUAAUACAACAUUUGAUAUAACCGACGUAAACUCGGAUUAUUUAUCAAAUAUUCAGCAGCCAAGUGAAUCACUUUUUAAAAUUGAACUCGUUUUGGAGGAGAAUAUGGGAAAGAUACGGACUCGUAUACUGAGUGCACCUGUUGUAGUUUAUACCAAACAACAACAAUAUGAAGAUAUGAAACAAUACUUGAAAGCAGCAUGGAAACGAUUCCUCUCUCGUCCACAACCUUGUCCAUAA